AUGGGAACACCACUUACAGGGACGGUCAUUAUUACCGGAGGCAAUGGACUACUGGGCUCAGAGAUCGCCAUUGAGAUUGCAAAAAAGCAACCAUUUGUGCAUCUAUUAUUGACGGCCCGGGAUAUACGGACCGAUGAUGUCCGGGACCUCAUCGGAAAGAUCCGAUUAAUCGGCCCAAGAUCGAUUGAGGUUCUCACUCUUGAUCUGACCGAUCUGAAAUCAGUGGCCAGCUUUGCCAAAUCUACAGUCGACCGGGUCCGAUUUAAAGACAUUCCGCCCGUGACCAGCCUGAUUCACUCUGCUGUCGCCACAUCAUACGUUGUUGACGACCUCACCUCUGAUGGCUACGACCCAGUGUAUCAAACAAAUUGCCUGUCGCCGUUCUUAUUGACUAUCGGACUCCUUGAGGCGUUCCGUGCCGGCGAUGGUACACCAAAAGGUGGAGCGAAGGUGAUCAACAUUGGAUGUUCAGCAGCAACAUCGUGUGGACGAUUGGAUUAUUUCGACCGCGACCAUGGAAGACACGACCGACAACCUGGAACAUCACUGAGUGCAAAAGAAGGCAACAUUCGAUUUGGAAGCAGCAAAUUAAUAGCCAGUGUCGCAUUAUAUGCAUUGCGACGGAGCUUGAUUUGGACUGGACACAUAUCGCUAGAUAUCUUCACACUGGAUCCAGGGGGCAUGACUGGCCCAAGCAACCUGCGGACUGGGGCCCCCAUGUCCGUCAAAGUCGCACACCAGACUCGGACCGGACUUCGGCCUUUCCUGCGCAUGGUAUCCCGAAGCUCCAUGAACAAAGCCAGUGUUCCAGCCAAAGCGAUUGCCAGAGUCGCAUUCCAUACCGACUCGGUGGAGAACUGGCAAAAGGAACGCUACUUUAUACUUGAUAACGACUACGAGGCCGCAUCCGUCAUGGCGAGCUUGCGUGAUGGAGAGAGAAUGAACACCUUGUUACUACAGAUGAUGGGACAGGUUGAUGUGGAAACAAAGGAGAUUGAUUCUCCUCCUGUUCGUCCUCGAAUGACUCCCGCAGUCAUGAACAGGCACGUCCUGGAAAAGGGCCACUCUGCCUACCCUAUCGGCUCGGCCUUCUCCAUUUCACCAAAUAGAUUCCAGCCUCGCUCCCAACCCGCCCUCCGACGCCGCCGACAGCUUUUCCAGCGAUUAUGCCUCCUCGCUGGAGUGUCCCUGGUCCUCGUUCUCCUCAUCUUCCCUUCCUGGCGCGCCGCCAUCCUGCCGACGAUCUCGCUCGGUCUACUCUCCUCCACCGAAGAUCUGCACCUACAAACGGUCCGUUAUUAUGAUUUAUCGCAAGUGCAGGGCUCGGAGAAGGGCUGGGAACGCGGAGAGCGUGUCCUGAUGUGCACCCCGCUGCGGGAUGCCGCGUCGCAUCUUCCAAUGUUCUUCUCGCAUCUGCGGAACCUCACAUACCCCCACAACCUGAUCGAUCUGGCUUUCCUGGUGUCUGACUCCCAGGAUGAAACCCUGGGCAUGCUGUCGCGCAUGCUGGAAGAGGUGCAGAAUGACCCUGACCCGACGAUGUCGUUUGGCGAGAUAUCAGUGAUCCAGAAGGACUUCGGACAAAAGGUCCAGCAGGAUGUGGAAAGUCGUCAUGGGUUCGAGGCCCAGGCCAAUCGUCGCAAGCUGAUGGCGCAGGCUAGGAAUUGGUUGCUGAGUGCGACUUUGCGCCCGACUCAUAGCUGGGUCUAUUGGAGAGAUGCGGACGUGGAGACCGCCCCGUUUACCAUCAUUGAGGACUUAAUGCGGCACAAUAAGGAUGUCACUGUUCCUAAUGUUUGGCGACCGCUUCCGGAUUGGCUGGGUGGAGAGCAGCCGUAUGACCUGAAUUCAUGGCAGGAAUCGGAGACUGCCCUGGCGCUGGCAGAUACUCUAGACGAGGAUGCCGUGAUCGUGGAAGGAUACGCCGAGUACGCUACGUGGCGGCCUCACCUCGCCUACCUCCGGGAUCCCUAUGGUGAUCCGGACAUGGAGAUGGAAUUGGACGGCAUUGGCGGUGUCAGUAUCUUGGCCAAGGCUAGGGUCUUCCGUGCAGGUGUCCAUUUCCCGGCAUUUAGCUUUGAAAAGCAUGCCGAGACCGAAGGGUUUGGCAAGAUGGCCAAGCGCAUGAAGUUCUCGGUCAUUGGACUGCCACAUUAUACUAUUUGGCAUCUUUAUGAGCCUAGCGUUGAUGAUCUCCGGCACAUGGAAGAAAUGGAGCGGGAGCGAUUGGCUCGCGAGCGGGAAGAACAGGAGCGCGCUGAACAAAAGGACGGCACCCAGUCCAAGCCCCAGGACUCGGGCACCGACGGUGAAUUCGUGAAAGGAUCCGCCGAUGGCCCAGCUGCCAAACCCGAAAAGGAUGCAAAAGAUCAUCAUGAGUCUUCCCAGCAAGUUGAGAAGAUCCAUAACAUCCCAAAAGCGAAGCGAUGA